AUGGCAUAUACAAGUGGCACAAUCAACACAACAGACAUGCUAUGGACGGAAUGCAGCUUAGAGGACAAUUCUACAAACUGCGAACUUACCUACUCUCAAGGAAACAUAACCAACAAUACUGGGUAUGAACCAGGAAGGAUCGUUCCUGAUAUUCCAGCUUAUAUUUUAAUAACUACAACGUUUUUCUACGUCAGUAUAUUUUUGUUUGGAAUAAUUGGGAACAUUUUAAUCGUUUAUGUUGUGUUAUGUAGUCGAACCAUGCAGAGCGCCACGCACCUGUUUCUAGUGAACCUGAGUCUAUCGGAUUUACUGGUGUUGGUCAUAUGUAUGCCAACGGCGCUCAUAGACCUUUACGCCAAGGAGGUGUGGUUUUUGGGAGAGGCGAUGUGUAAAAGUGUCCCCUUUUUCGAAAACUGCACCGCUUUAGCCUCAACGAUAACCAUAGUGAUGAUCAGUUGUGAACGCUACCGUGGCAUAUGCCAGCCCGUUAAAACUAGAACCACCAAAGUAUUGAGCAGAUCACAGAUUGGAAUCCUGAUAGCGGUGAGCUGGAUGUCCGCCAUCGUGGCCUGCCUUCCAUUUUUCUUUAUCCCCAUUUACAAGGACUCCAAGUUCAAAGAUGGAACACCAAUUAAAGUGUGCAGGAACACCAUCAAAGAGACAGAAAAUAUGAUUGCACUUGGACUGGAGGGAUAUUACAACCUGCUAACAUUCGCAAGACUAUUGUUUUACCUUCAUUGUGCCACCAACCCCAUCAUUUACAAUGCUAUGUCUACAAAGUUUCGUCUUGCCACAGUUAAAGUGUUUUGUACCAAAAAGAGCUAUAAAAAGGGAAUGAAUGAAAUAAAUGAUUUAUUUACCAAACAGUUCAGCAGCUCCCUGCCCUUACGUGAAAGCAAUCAAGGCAUUAAAUCAUUGGAUAAAAAUUUUCCAGAGGCUGAAACUACUGUUUAA